AUGUCCAGUAAAAGAGCCCAAGUAGAUAAUGGCAGAAUCUAUGGUGGUCCAGAGGAGGUGAAAUUCAUAAAACUACACUUCACCUUCAGCAGUCAUCUUCCAAAGGACCCGUCUUCUGUUUGUGUACUACUCUUCUCUUCAGAAAUUAUGCAUCACUCAUACAAUUCACGGACCUCUCCAAUGGUUCAUGUGGUCUGUUUAAUACUGGCUUCUGGUUUCCUAAUAAUGUUAUGUAAUGCAACAUGUUCUGAAAUUGAACCAAGACGUUUAAGCAGAGGCCAAAUACUCCCUGGCUGUAUGGAUGGCGAAAUCAUAAGAAAAUUUAAUUCAACGUGGUUCACAGAGGAUUGUAAGAAGUGCAAAUGUCACCCAGGUGGUUCGAUAGACUGCUGUACAGAGAUUAUGCAACCUGUCCUUUUCGACCCAGAAUGUAAAGCGGUAUUAAACAAAACUUCAUGUACAUACGAAAUCAAGAGAAAAGACAACUCUACCAAUGCUUGUAUUGUAAAAGGCGUAAUGUGACCGGUGUAACAGUGCCAUAAAGAGAAAAUCAAUGCAAUUUUUUUUUUUAUUCAACAAAAUGAUCAGUUUUUUAUGGGUUAAAUAAUAAACGUUUGUGUAAAUAAA